GUCACAGGCGGGAGAUCGCGGAUCGAAAAAUUCGGCAACCACCGAGCAGCUCAGUCAUUUUGGCCAGUGAGUGAUUCUUCGAGCAUCGUCCGAAACGCACGCUUCAUAUGUAAGUGAAUACAAGUGACAUCGACGUAAUCUGUGUAAAAAUGAAGCGAUUUUCUGUGUGGGUCCUUUUGGGCCUUACACUACUUUCCCUUGGAACGUGUGGAUUUCUUGUGAAAGCUGAAACACCAAGCGAAUACGAAUGCAGACCAUACAUCGAGAAGGCGAUUCAGGAUUUGAAAUCUGAAUCAGCCGAGGUACCCACGGAGGAUGCUAGCCAAGAAGGUCCGAUCGACGUUACCAGUCAGGAGGAACAAGAUAACACAGCUGCUGAGGAACUAAGUACUGAGGAUACGGACACUGCCGGGGACGAUGCAUCUGAAGAAAUUACUCCCUCGGAGGAGGUGCAGGAACAGUUGUUUGCUGGCGAAGAUGAUGAAUACGCACCUGACUCCGAGACGCUAAAUGUUGAAGAUGAUACGGCAGCAGUCGAGUCAAACGCUAACUCUGAGGAAGAAGCAGUAUUAUCCGAGGAGCAGGACCAGCUUUUGGAUACGAAUGAUGAGGAUGGUGCAUCAGAAGAGUUAACUUCUGACGAAAACGAGGAAGAUGCAGAGCCCGCAGUGGCUUCUGAAGAAACAGCAGAUCAAGUAUUGGACACUGACGACGUAGACGACGAUACUGCCUCAGAAGAACUUUCCCAGUCAGAAGCGCACACAGAAGACGAGAGUCAGGAGCAGCAGCCCAGUAGCGCCGAAGAGCAGGACGACUCAAGUACAAAUAAUAUUGACAACGUGGACAAUGAAAGUAGCGAAGAUGAAGAUGAAAUUGCGACAGAAAGUGAAGAGGUCCAGGAUGGUACUGCCUCAGAAGAACUUUCCCAGUCAGAGGCCACAGAAGACGAGAGUCAGGAGCAGCAGCCCAGUAGCGUCGAAGAACAGGACGACUCAAGUACAAAUAAUAUUGACAACGUGGACAAUGAAAGUAGCGAAGAUGAAGAAGAAAUAGCGACAGAAAGUGAAGAGGACGGUGAAAAGCAAGAAGCAAGUAGUUUGGAUGAUGAUUUAAGUGAAGAAACUGUCAAAGGAAGUUACGACGAUUAUGAAGAGGAAAAUGAUGAAAAUGAUGAAAACCUAGAGGAUUCAGAGGAGGAUGUCGAUGACACCGAUUUGGACGGAGCUGCCUUGGAGGAGGCACCUGAUAGCGUGGACGAAGAUAACAUGACCGACAAAUUAACUACUAGCGAUGAGAAUGAGAUUCCCUCAAGUGGAGAGGAGGAAGUGGAGAGGAGAGGAGGGGAGGAAGUGGAGAGGAGAGUGGAUCAAGAAGUUAACGCAACAAGCGGUGAGGAGCAACAAGACUCUGAAACUGGUGCUGACGAUACUGCAGAUUCUGAGGAAACUGUAGUCGAUAGCGAGGAACAGAUCGUAGCCAGUGAGGAAGAAAACGCGGAUGAAGAUACCGAAGAUGAAGUAGUCACGGAGGCAUCGAAGGAAACGUCGGAAGAAGCAACUGAAACAAUAGCCGAAGAAGAUUCUGUAAGCACUGAAAAUCCGACUGAACCGGAAGAGGAAUCCACGGAAAACGAUGGACUGACUGCUGAAGAGGAAGCUGUAGAGCAAGAACUUGCAACAACUUUGGGAGAAGUAGAAGAAGCCGAAGCCGAAACCGAUUCAGAAGAUACCGAAACUGACUCUAAGGAAGAGUCGUUCCCCGAGGAAGAUCUUCUAUUGGAGUACGAAAUUCCAACAAACCUUAGAGAUACAUCGCACGUCUACGAGUUGCUGAACAUCAACGACGAUGCAUCAGACAGGGAGAAAGCGCUGCAAGAAACUGCGGAAGUUAUUUUGCGUGACCUUAAGCGUAUCUACGAUAGUUCAAUCAAGCCCCUAGAAACCCUGUACAAGUACCGCGACCUCAGCAACCGACACUUUGGUGACCCGGAGAUAUUCUCGAAACCUCUUGUGUUACUCAUGGGUCCGUGGAGCGGAGGCAAAUCAACAAUUUUAAACUAUCUGACUCACAAUGAAUACACACCUAAUUCUGUGCGAACAGGUGCUGAACCCUCGCCUGCGUACUUUAAUAUACUGAUGCAUGGCGACGAGCCGGAUGUAUUGGAUGGCACACAGUUGGCUGCUGAUUGGACAUUUUCGGGAUUGCAAAAGUUCGGACAAGGCCUGCUAGACCGGCUCCGUGGUCAAAGGCUUCCCAAUAAGUUGCUAGAACGGGUUAAUAUUGUAGAAAUCCCAGGAAUUUUGGAAGUACGCAAACAGGUUUCCAAAUAUUUCCCAUUCAAUGAUGCCUGCCAGUGGUUUAUUGAUCGAGCCGAUAUCAUCUUUCUGGUGUACGAUCCCUCGAAGCUGGAUGUUGGACCGGAAACCGAAGCAAUCCUCGAUCAGCUCAAGGGACGAGAAUAUCAGACACGAAUCCUGCUUAACAAGGCCGAUCAGGUGAAACCCGAGGAAUUGUUACGAGUUCAGAGUGCGUUAAUCUGGAAUAUCUCACCACUGAUGUCGUCUGCUCAACCUCCUGUAAUGUACACAGUAUCUCUGUGGUCCAAUCCCUUCGAAGUAGGUGCUCCUGUUCGUUUGUUGCAGGCGCAGGAACGAUCGCUACUGCUCGACUUGGGACAGGCAAUCGAUAAGAGAAUUGAAAACAAAAUCGCGAGUGCGCGCCGGUUUGCGGUUCGCGUACGAAAUCACGCAAAAAUGGUUGAUUGCUAUCUAACCACCUAUUACAAUCACAAGUCGCUGUUUGGCAACAAGAAACAAAUUUCAGAAAAGAUCAUUGCCAGCCCCCAGGACUAUCACAUUUACGAAGGCUUAUCAACGCUAACCAACAUCUCUCGAUACGAUCUGCCAGAUCCGGAAGUGUAUCGCGAUUUCUUUCAUUUGAACCCACUGUACGAUUUCAAAAAGCUUUCGGAAACAUGCACAUAUUUCCGUGGCUGUCCCAUCAAUAAGCUUGACGUGGCCAUUGCUUACGAUCUUCCCGAGCUCGUCGGCAAGUACAAGAAAAUGUCCGAAGCGGCUCUAGCAAAACUGCACGUGCUCACAUCAACGACCGAUUUCGGAAAAGGGAAAUCAAGUAGUUGAAGCUGAAGAGCACUAUUCGUACGAUCGAACCCAAAUGCAUUCAGUGCGUAAUGUUAAAGUAGUAGCGUAGAUUAUUCUUUGUAAUACUUUGUUUUCAUUCGUUCCUCGUUUCUCGCUUUUUCAAUAUUUUUGUUAGAAGCUAACGAAAAAGUAUAAUGUUCGCCCUUUUAUUCUGAUUUGUGAAUGUUUUUGUUGGUAAUGCCGGGGAUGAAUCGGGAUGCCCAUAACGAAAACAGUGUUUUCGAUGUUCCGUUCGAUUAAAUAUCUUUUCCAUAACA